GUGAGGCAAAUUACGCAUCGUUUGCAGGUGCUAUGCCCGCAGUGCUGUACAGCCAGUUCGUUCAAACGUGUAACAUUUACAGUUACUUGCUUGCAGUUUGCAUUACUUCUGUGAGUUUUUCCUCCCUUCCCCACCUCCUUGGUGAGUUAAAUUAAGAUGUGGAUCUUUCAAACUUUACGGUAAAGGAAUGAUGUAAUUAUUUUUGUAGUGCCUUAUUGGGAGAGAUUGCAGUGAUUCUUAAAGAAAAUAGAGUUGUUAUUAAAUCCUUUUACUGGUUUAAAGUGAAUUGUUUGCCUUGCUUUUAAGGGCUGCCAGGCAUGUAGGCCCGGGGUACCUGGUCCCAGAUUUCAGGCUGGGAUUAUGGAAAGGAUUCUACCACCUUUUCUGCAUCUCUCCAUUGAAGUGGUGAAACAGAGCACCAUGCAGGUGGUGAAAAUAAGUUUUAUUCCAAGCUGAAAGGCAACACUGUCAUUAAAGUCUUAUGCUUUCAUUUCCUUCCAUGGUGGUGCUCUUGCAGCUUCAUUGGAAAACACCACCACCAACCCACCACCCCGAAUCCUACAGCUUUCCCAUAUAAACUGCACAGCUUUCUGUGAUCAUACCUACUGGAGCAGCAGUAGAAAAUCAACUACAUGAUGGCUCAGCUCCGGCAUAACUCAAAACAAAAUGUUGGCUGUAUAUUGAAACAUGGUGGAUUUGUCUUUUUUUGAGCUAUGCAUUUAACAAGAAUGAAGAUAAAGGAGGGGUUCAUUAUGUAGGAUUAAUUCUUUGAUAUAUAUUUCCCUCAAGCUAACAGAACUUGAAAUUGCCUGUUUCCAAGAGAAAGCAAUUGGUCCUUUUAGUACUUUUUUUCCCCCUCUAUUUUGUCUUUAAUCUAAUGAUAACCACCAACUGGUUAUGGAAGAUAUGUCAUUGCUUUUAUGUGUAUUUGUAUUUAAGUGUCUAAUAAUAAACCUAAGUUCAGGUUUCUAUUUCCCAAGCUUUGGUGGAGUUCAGACAAGAAUGCAGAGCCUGAGCAUGCACAUCUAGCAGAUCUGGAGUUCUGCCUUACUCCUUGUUAAGGGUGAUCCCGCAGGGCUGAAGUAUAUAGGGCGUAGAAAACUCAUCAGUAUCCUGUGCAGGCUGGCACCGAUGCGAUUAUAUACACUGUCCAAACGGCAUUUUGUUCUGGUCUUUGUAGUGUUCUUUCUUUGUUUUGGUUUGACAGUCUUCAUAGGAAUAGCAGGCCCUAAUGUGAUUGAAACCUCUGUAGCAAGGACCGAGUUAAAUAACAGCUUAAAGCUGAAGCCAUUUAAUUUAAGUUCACCACCACUGUCUACUUACAAUCAGCAGCUGUGGCUGACCUGCGUAGUUGAGUUGGAGGAGCAUGAUGUAUCCCUCAAAAAGAAUGUUACUAUGACAGUCAAAGUACUUGGAGUGGUGAAGGAUGGAAGCACGCCAUAUGUUAAUAAUCAAGUUCACAAUCGGAUGAGAUUACUCAGUUGUGCACAAAAAUGCAGUGAAAUAAUUGUUGCUCACCUUGGCUACCUGAACUACACACAGUACAACAUAUUUGUUAGCUUUGAAGAUCUAAAUAAAUUAAUGUACGCCAUCCGUAAUAUUACUUUCACAUGGAAGACCUACAAUCCAACUUUUUCACAAGUGGAAAUAUGGUUCCGAUUUGUCUUUGUAGUUCUUACUUUUAUGGUCACGUGUCUGUUUGCACAUUCUCUGCGGAAAUUCUCCAUGAGAGACUGGGGUAUUGAACAGAAAUGGAUGUCCAUCCUCCUUCCCCUCCUGCUACUUUACAAUGAUCCAUUUUUUCCCCUUUCUUUUCUGGUGAACAGCUGGUUUCCUGGAAUGCUGGAUGAUCUAUUCCAGUCGUUGUUUCUGUGUGCAUUGUUGUUGUUCUGGCUUUGUGUCUACCAUGGUAUAAGAGUACAGGGGGAAAGGAAGUGCUUAACUUUCUAUCUGCCCAAAUUCUUUAUUGUUGGACUAUUGUGGCUGGCCUCUGUUACGCUGGGAAUAUGGCAAACGGUUAAUGAAGUACGUGAUCCUACAUAUCAAUACAGGGUUGACACAGGUAAUUUCCAGGGAAUGAAAAUCUUCUUCUUUGUGGUGGCAACCGCAUACGUUCUCUACCUUUUGUUCCUGAUAGUGAGGGCAUGCUCAGAACUUCAUAACAUGCCUUAUGUUGAUCUCAGGUUAAAAUUCUUGACUGCGUUAACCUUUGUAGUGCUUGUCAUUAGCAUUGUAAUACUCUACCUACGCUUUGGAGCACAAGUUCUACAGAACAACUUCGUUGCUGAGCUGUCGACUCAUUAUCAGAAUUCAGCAGAAUUCUUAUCAUUUUAUGGUUUACUGAACUUCUAUCUCUACACAUUAGCCUUCGUGUAUUCCCCCUCAAAGAAUGCACUAUAUGAAUCACAGUUGAAAGAUAAUCCCGCUUUUUCUAUGCUGAAUGAUUCAGAUGAUGAUGUGAUUUAUGGGAGUGAUUAUGAAGAAAUGCCACUUCAGAAUGGCCAAGCUAUUAGAGCCAAGUAUAAAGAGGAAUCGGACAGUGAUUGAUUUUGAUGUAGACAGACUUGUCCAGCUGGAAUUAAACCAAUUUUGAAGUUUUCCUAGAUGGACAACUUCCUUGGCUUCCUUACAGUCUGCUGUCAUCUGAACACCGACGCCCAGGAAGAAUAUCCUGCUUCUCUUUCUGUUUACAAAGUUAAAACUGAAAAAAAGAAUCCUUGAAAAUAUUGUGGAGAAAACUUAAGAAACCAAAAUUUUUACAUGUGUUAUAAAAUGCCUGGUAGCAGGAUGUCUGUGGACUAAAAUCUUUAACUCUGUUUCCAUUCAGAAGCAUCACUGAUUAUAUGCUCGUUUUAAAAUUGCUUGCUUGCUGCUUUGUUUCCUUUUUUUUUUUUUUUUUUGAGGCUUAUGUACAGCGUACAUUCAUCUGUUGUGUUUGUGUUAGCUCCUUUGUAUCUUGUCCACUGCUGUGUGAAGUGCCUCAUUUCCUUUUCAAUUUUCUACCUUAGUCUUUUGAGCUGGAGGCAGGGAAUGAAGUGUUUUAGGGGUUUCUCUCUAUUAUUUUUUUUUUAAUGCAAGAAAACGCAAGCUUUCCAUUCUUCCUUUAAAGAAGCGAUAUAGGUUUGAUUAUUUUUUAAACUCGGUUAAAUGAAUUUACCAGGUUUGUAAGUGUGAGAUAUGUGCAACUAGUCAAGUUCUAGUGAGCCAAAAUAGCCUCAGUGGUGCAAAAUUAUUUGUAUAAUAUAUGUUUCAUAACAUGCUUUAUCGUGGCAACAGAAGUAUUUGGUUUGGGUUUUGUCUUGUUUUGUUUAAACAGCCCUUUCAAAUGGAAAUAUUUAGGCAGCAACAAAUCUCAGAAGGAAGCCAGUACUCUUCUUUCUAGGUGUUUUGUGUGCUGUAGGAGAUUGUUACACUUACAGAGAAUAAAGUAUGAAAGUUUCACAGAGAAUUACAAUUUAAAAUUUCCAACCAUUUCAUUUUUAGAAGCUUUUUCUACGUCAGAAUUUUUCCUUAGUUGUAUUAAUAGAUCCUGGGAACAGUCGUGGUUGCUCAUUAUUGAACGCGCAUGGGAGUUAGCUUUUGAGCAUGUUCUGUGCAUUGUUCAACUUCUUUGUCGUACCAGAGUUGCCACCUGUACUGAUCGAAACUUUUACUAGCACAUUUGUGAUUAUCUCUGUUCCAGUGUGUGCUGGAACAGAGUUACAGGGGAAUUAAGUAUUCCUAGUACAAUGCUGCUGCUUCGCUGCUUAAAAGUUGGUUUUCUCCUACACCAUUGUUCAGUUCUUUAUUUAAGUGGAUGCUGUUUGUUUGUAACUACUUUUGUUUCCAUGUACUUGACCUGUCUGAAAGUAUAAUUUUUUUUUUUUUCACAUGGAUUCAUAACUGUGAUUUACUCUUGUAAAAUUUCUCUGCCCUGCUGCUGUAGCAAGGACUCUCAAAAGCACUGUUAAUGUAUUAGCCAGAAAAUGGUGCUGGCUGACACAAGGCAAUUGUGCUCAUCGUUGAACCAGUUUAAGCAGAAGAGUGCGAUGAAGUCCCACCAGACUGGCUGAAUCCUACUGGGGAAAAAGUAGGUUUGUUCUGCUUUCAUGUAACGCGGGUCCUAGACCGUUCCCGUGGCACUAACCUCCCGGUAGCUGUUCAAGAUGACGAAGGGGAGACUUCACAGGAUAGCAAUUUGCUUAGAGAGGACCAAAGGAACUGCUUUGUGUGGCUGCAUCAUUACUGUCAUAGAAUAGUUCAGAUUGAAUCAGUGCUCUGCUAAAGACAGACAAGCGUGGUAAGAUACUCUGCAUGUGUGAGAGAGAAAACUUUCUAAAAUUAUGUAGACCUGUGAAAUUUUGGAGGGUAUUUGAAAUUUAAAACUUUCUGUACCAGGGAGCAUUUAUUUGUUGGAAGCCAAAGCACUGUUGUAUGGCUAAAGCAAGGAAACUGCUGGCGCGAAGGGGAAGGGAAGGUUUUUUUCCUUUAAUUUCUUAAUUAAUUGGUGUCAGUUUAGAAGAACGUAUUAAAAAAAAAAUUGAAGAGGUAUUUCAAGUUAGUGGUGGGUUGUUUUUUUUUAAGUGAACUGCAGUAGGCUGUACCUUCAGCACUUCCUUUUAGACUUUUUUUAAUCAAGUAAGGGAGAUGAUCUUUGUAUCCUAAAAGGGGAGAGCCCAUCCCAGUUUUUACUGUUCCCCAGAUGACUCUCUUGAGCUGUUUGAAUUUGCAGAGUCAGACUUGGGAGCCAACACGGCAUCCUUCGCAUACCUCACAUCCUUUUGACUUCUAUUGGAGGAUCGGUGGGUACAGGAAUUAAGGCUUAAAAAAUCAGUAUUUACAUGAUCUCUACAGAUUCAGAUCUUUUUGGCUCUGAUAUUGUUUAAUUCUGUUCUAAAUUGUUUUCAAGAGAUGAAAUGUUUGAUUUGGCCAAUGUGCAAAGUAUACUAAUGGUUCUUAUCCCAGUCCAAACUGGAUGUUACAGUUAAUCCUGAAAUAGUGUCACACUUUGGGAUUCUGUUAACUAAAGAAAGUAUUUUUAAUCUGACUUUGAGAUAAUUUUUUUUCCUAAGCUGUUCUCGGCCCAUUUCACUUGCCAUUUUGUUUGCAUUAACUUUUCUACAUCACUACAUUCAAAGUGGAAAUAGGAAAGCUGAGAGUGGGAAAUGUGUACUUAAAAUAAGUAUCUCACUAUGAAAAUAGUGAAAAAAUAGUUUCCUUGUUAAUUUUUACAGAUUAUAUUUGAGCAAUGUUUGUUUGCCAUGCAAGAGAGUUUUGUAUUUCCUCAUUGCUAUAGUGUAAUGGUAAGCUUGGAUGAAGCACCGUCGCAUCAAAUUCAACAUACAAUGAAAAGGGAAAAGCAGUGAGGCAGAUGAGGAAACAGUUUUGCUAGCAAGAAAUCUCAAUUUUACUCUUAUUUGCAUAAUUGAAAAGCAGAGACAGUACUUGAGGAAUAUUAUAACAGACUGUAAACAGCUGGGCCAUAGGUGGCAUCAAUACACCUUGAGUAAAGUGUUGUAACCUAAGGGUGAAACAAACGAGAUCUGGGUAAGAAACUAGCCUGGCUUUACUUUCAUUGCUGCUAAAGCAAUUCAAUAUUUCCAUCACUAGUGGAACUGUGUAAAAUGAGAAAAGUAUGCAAGAAGGCCUACAGCAUACAGUGUUCCUGCUCUAAAGGAGAUGCCGUCUGUGCACAACUUCCAUGUACACAGUGAUCGAGAAUGCCUUUUAAGAAAUCAGGAAUCACCAAGUGUGAGCCAUUCAUGGCAAACGGUUUCUGUAGUAUUUGCUUUAAAAAUACAGUUGGUUGGAAACAUUCCUAGGACUGGCAAAGAAUAGGGAGCAUAAGGCUUAAGACGAGGAAGGAGCAGCGUGUGCAACAGACUCAUGGCACUAACACUGGGGAAAAUGGGAGGAGGAUUCCAGCCAGGAAAGGCUUUGAUCCAUUGUCUUUCUCUGAGCCAAAAGAUGACUUGGUAUCCAGUCACCUUAUUUUUCCCCCAUUUCCUUUUGCUUAUGCCAGUAAUAACCUUUGCAUUACUGUAAAACUUUUUUUUUAGAAGUUUGUAAAUAUGUAAAAUGAAAAUAUGGGAAAAUUGUGUACCAAAAUGGUAUAAAAAUGUGUAAGAUAAAUGCUCUGUUUAAUGAGAAGCUGUAAUUAAAUGCUGCUUUGAGAAAGUGUGCAUGAGGCCUUGUGUGAAAUAGCCUAUGUGUCUAAAAAUUGUGUUAAUGACAGCAAAUUAUCCAUUUAUUACAUCAGAAAACUUUAUGCUAAUAUAGAAUAUGAAGGAAAACUAGUAUUUUACUUCAAGUAUAAGUUGGGUAUUGAGUGUCUCGGAAGACUUCAUGUGCAUAAUCAUUGUUAAAUAUGUUCAUAAUAAAGUUUUGUAUCUUUA